AUGCACACCGCACAAGCAUCGAAGCAAAUCCAAGGAAUGAUAGUAGGGGGAGGUCUUGGACCAUUCCAAACUUACAAUAGGCCCUGUGAAGUUGCUGCAGAUAUUACCUUUACGUCUCGUGGGUUAGAAAGUAACAAUUCUCUUGUGGGUUUUGCAGAUAAAGAGGAAGAAGAACCCGAAUUUCGAAGUGCCUCAAAUUCUUACAUUGCAACGAUGGGUCAAUUUUUCGUGACAGAGGCGAAACCUGGAAGAGUUAUUCAAAUAGAAGCGAAAGGUCGUAACGGUGGCCAGAAUAUCUUCGACAUGAUUCAAAGUGCUCUAUACGAAAAAUACAAGGGUGAAGAACUACCCAUGGGAGUUGGCGGCGUAUUCUUCUUGAAUGAUAGCAGUGCCCAAGUCUCUCUUCUGAAUGCGAUACCCGCCGAAACCUAUCAUACAUAUCCCUGUGUAAGAAGAUACAAAACGCCAUUCUCUAUAGAUGGCCCAAUAGUUGGCGCUGGCACAAUUAUUUCUCAUGAUCCAACAGCAUUGGGCUACAUGAUGAAAAGUUUCUACUGCUGGAAUACUGCCCGUACACUGAUGGGUCAAUUUGAACAGGAUAACAAUCCUGUAAAUGCACAUUAUCAGAUAUAUUUGACGGUGGCAACACAGAUCUACCGACAUGACAGACCUGUCUAUCGCAUUUGA